UUAAAAUGCGUGCAUUUGUGAUAAUUGCUACAUUGGCCGUGCUCGGCCAUGUCGGAGCCCAGCAACAUCAGCAAAUCGAUCCAGCCUAUUUACGUCAAUACUAUCAACAGCUGCAGCAGCAGACCGGAGCUGCUGGUGAUGCAACACCAAUUUAUGAACAAAACUCGGAACAAUCACAGCAAUAUAUAACGCCAGGACAACAGUUGCGUGUCAAGGAUAAUGUGCAAGAACAAGUCCGCGCCUCUCAACAACAGCACCAGCAACAACAGGGUUAUGUUGCUCCUGCCGUCAGAGAAUAUUUACAACAUCAACCUCAGCAUCAGCCACAACAGGCGCCACAACAAGUCUAUCGUCAGCCACAAGCUGUUGCCCCAGCACCCAGAAGACCACAGGCUGUGCCACAGCAAUAUCAAGCACCCAGACCCAAGGGCAAGGGACAAGUUGAAGAAGAAGAGGAAUAUGAAGAUCAAAACUCUUCCUAUCAAUUUGGAUUCGAUGUCAAAGAUGAUGAAUUCACAAAUUACCAAAAUCGCAAGGAGGUGCGCGAUGGUGGCGUAAUCAAGGGCAGUUACUCAGUCGUCGAUUCGGAUGGUUUCAUUCGUACCGUCAAAUACACUGCCGAUCCCAAAGAAGGUUUCAAAGCCGAAGUUAUUCGUGAGCCAACCGAUAUUGUUGUGAAAAUUCCCACACCUCCACCACCACAACAACAACACCAAGGACUGCUGCGUCCCCAUGCCCAGGCUGUUAAGGCUCAGGACUACAAUUUGAAACAACAAUAUCAGCCACAAUAUCAACAUUAG